AUGGCACAUUUCGGUGCUGCAGAGACACAUCAAGAUCAGCUUGCGAACUGGAUCGGUGACUUGGUUCAUCUCGUGAGUCCACCUCAAGCAAGUGGCUUCACAGUGGCGACGAGGCCAGAUAGAACCCUAGAAGUGAAGGAUGAAGUAAGCCAGGCAGUCAAGUUGGAAACAAGGGAAACAGCGGCCGCGAGUAUACCGACCAUGGCUCAUCACCAGCUGCCAGAGUACGACGACCAGUGUGACUGGAAGGCCUACAUCACGAAGGCAGAAGCUUAUUUCGAGGCAACUGGCGUCAGUGACUCGGCAAAGAAGAGGGCAGUGCUGGUAGCUGCAUUAAGUACGCGCACCGUGCAAGUGCUCGCAGGACAGGUUGCACCGAGGAAGCCUAACUCGCUGACGUACGAGGAAGCAGUCAAAGUUUUGGAUGACUACUUCGACCCCAAGCGUCAUGAGAUAACGGAGAGCUUCCGGUUCUUCAAUCGCUGCCAGUUGGAAGGAAGCAGCCGUACCCCAGCCAUGGAUGCUGUCCUGUCAGAGUUCCAAGAUGUCUUCAGCACCGAGCUGGGUCUAAUCGACGGGCACCCUGUCCAUUUGAAGCUCAAGGAAGGAGCCACGCCGAAGUUUUACCACCAGCCGCUCCUGGGCCUGCUGAAGGCGGACCGACCAACUCCUGCAUUGGCAGCCGCUAGAAUACAGCGCUGGGCACUGUACCUGGGCGGAUUCCGCUAUCAGCUUCAAUACUGUCCUGGGCCAGCCAAUGAACCAGACGAUUGGCAACUGUCAUCACCUGAAGCUGACGUGUACGCCCGCAACUUCGGAACGGGAGAGAAAUGGACGCCAGGAAUUGUACAGUCCAAAAUAGGUUCUCGGAUGGUUGCCAUACGAACGCCGGCCGGAUCAGUACGACGACAUGUUGACCAGGUGCGGAAGCGGGAAAAUUCGCCGCCACCGCUUGGUACAGAUCAAGAAGCGGUAAAUCAAGCAUCAAGAACAGGUACUCCUAGUGACUACCCACAAUCGCCGAGACCGUCAGCUGAACAAGGGGGCAUACCCGAACCAGAGCAUGAAAUCCAACCGGAACUAGCAGCGAGCAACGCUGCCACGGAUGAACCCGACAGCCCACCCCAAGCUUUGCGGCGCUCUACACGUCAAAGAAAACCAGUACAGCGACUCCAGUAUUAAGGGAAGAGAGAUGUUGUAAAGUGACGUCAGUCACAAUCAAACUGCCUCGCAAGCGCUGGCGGCGCGUGCGGUUUCUUCUACUAUCGUUUCUCUUGCCCUCCCUUCCCCCUUUCAUUUUCGUAUAUAUACGUUCCCUGGCGGAAGCAAUAAACAUUCAUGUUCCAACCUUCCAACUGAGUGCUGUCGUAUUCGGCAUACACGGCACGUGUGCCGCAACUAU